CAGCUUCAUCGUUUCUUAGCCUGUUCAGUCGGAAGUAGGGAGUGACGGCCGCCAGAUAAUUGUUUACUGCAGCUUUCGCGCGAGUGCGCUGGACGACGGGCUUGGCGUCCGACGAUAGGACCAGCACUCUACACCUGAAGGUUUCAUCGGCUUCCAAAGGAAUGCCGUUAGUUUGUUCUGCUUUCCCACCGCUUUCCGGCUCAAGUUCCUCGCAACAACAUGGAAGAGCGUGAGCAAGAUUCCUCACCAACGAAACCUAAGUGCCCUUUCAAAAAGGAAGUGUGGUUCGAGACGUCCAUGCUCGGAAAGCGGCGAGUGCCCGUGGAUCCGAUGAAAAACAAGUGUCGGAAACUGCUACAGCUGGCUCAGGGGAGGGUGAUCACUAGAGGUCCGGAUAUGGACGCUAAGACUAAGGAGCUCCUCGUCGACACAUCAGAAAAGAUCCUUUCAUGCCUGGACAAGGGCCUCCAGCUUCGGGUUUUCGACCCUGAUAAACUGAUGGAUCUCGUACACAGAAAAAGACCACUGGCAAAGGAAGUGAGAGCACGCUGUGAGCACUUGGAGCAGCGCAUCAGGAGGGCAGAGAUGUUUCGGGACCAACUGAAGCAGCAGAGCGAGCAAGAAAAAUGGGACAAGGCUGCUGACCAACAAUUGACCAAGAACUCGUGUGCAGAGAGACAAAACUUUAAUAUGUCCUUGAUGGGGGCCAGGGGUGGCGGGGUUUGAGAUAGCCCCCAGUCACCCUCCCCCCCCCCCCGCUUCCUCACGGCCAGUCCUUGCUUUCUGGCGGCUCAUACGUAUCCACCCAACAUUCUGUGACUAAGGCCAUUACUCAAAAGCUCUAUUGUCUCUUUUAUAGGCCUUCAUUGUGGUCACUGCACAUGAUUACCCAGCUCUCCACAAAGUGACUCAUUGUGAUGCCAAGAACAAAUCAUUUUAUGCGCUUCUGACAUAGGGAUCAUUAUCCCAUUGUUCUUAAAUUUUUAAUUCAAAUGCAGCUUGUUGGGUUUCCCUUGGUCACAACGUGUAAUAAGCGCGCUUGUCCAAAAAUCAAGUAGCUCACUAAGUGGUAGUGAAGUGUAUUUCACUUGUUGAUUGUACUUUGCUAUUAUUUUACUAUGUUUAUUGCAUACUUCGUGACAACCAUCGUGACACUUGAAUGUUUGUCUACUUGGCUGUUCAAGAAUGAAUUCUGCUUUGUUGUAAUAAAGAAGGGCACAGUACACUCCUAUUGUCCUGAGCAUGGCACCUAACUAUCAUGUUUCUCAGAUAUUCUACACAAGCACUACAGCGCUACAAGCACUACAGUGCACUGAAGUUGCAGCAGAGGCAAAUAAUAAAUCAAGCCUCGGCGCAACGACCUGUCCAAAGCUUAAUUUUUACCAAGAGCAGAGCUUUCGUAACCAAGAAACAUUGGCGAAGGACACCUGCCACUGGUGCUGUAAAAGUAUGGUACGAGCUCCUAUGCUGCAACACAUCCUGUUUUUAAUGACAUCGCCACGUUCAGUGCACGUGCUGCUGUUACUCUCCUGGUAUGGUUAAGUUCACUGUGCUAUAGCAGGAAAGUGAUGUGACUGGGACAAUGUUAUUGUAUAUUUUUGCAGUUAAGUCAAUUAAAGUGGUUGUGGAAUGCCUCAUCUCAACCCCGA